CAUAGAAGCUCUAAUCUAACAAAUAUCAGAAAUCCCUCAUUACGGCCAAGAUGCCGGCUUUCACCUCCACCUACUUGCUCCCAGCUAUAUUGCUGAAUCCGGCACUCGUCCUCCACAUCAUCAAUACUUUCGCUUCUCACUUCAUGCCACCUGCGCCGACAGUGUCCGUCUCUCCACAUCCUAUUAUGGAAAGUUUAGGCCCGUCGCCAGGAUCAACACUUUAUCUCGACAUGCAUGCGGACGACCGAUUGUGUUGGGGAUAUACGGGUGUUAUGGUUGUUCUCCAAAUGCUGGCAAUCGGAAGGGUACAAGACAAUAGAGAUCGUCGAAGAGCCGCCAGGACAGCAAAGCUCGAGAAAGAGCGAGGAAAUAAGGAGAAAUUGGAGAGUAUGUCGAGCGAAAGGAGAGCCCUUGGCUUAGACGGGACCGACGAUCCACCUCUUCGAAGAGAGCUCGACCGCGUCAGCAAUGGAAAACAAGAACAUCCCUUAACUGGUCUUACUCGGGAAAGAGACGUCGAUCUGAUGGAAGAGAGUGACUUAGAGGAACGGAAAAGUGGAAUGGACAGCGAUACAAGCGUGACGGAGACUAGUGAAGAAGAGAUGAUGUUAUGAAGGCCAUCAUAGUUUCUUGGUAUGCGGCAAUCUGAUUCACUGGAAAAGUAUGGCGUUUUGGGAUUCAAGGGUACUACAGGAAACAGCAUUGGUAUUGGCGUUCUGGGAUACUGAUAGACAAAGAGUAUCAGAACAAUCGAACGGAGUUUAUCACUUUUUGCAAUAGCUUCGAGCUAGAUGUUUCACUCAUAACACAAUGUCAUUGAACGACUGGGAAGGCAUGAAGCAGGGGCCGCUUCAACAUGCCCUGGCUCAUGUCACUAGGAAUCAAAUGCAAACAUUAAGUCCCAAAUUCUU